AUGACAAAAGUCAAGAUAUAUGAGACCAUACACAAUGACUGGUGGUUGGAAAAGUCAGAGAACCUACUACGUCAAAGUGCUAGCACAAGCGAUGCUGUUGCCAUUGGGCAAUCAUCAAAAGAAACUCGUGAGCGUGUUAAAAAGGGCACUCUGGAGAACAACCGUCAAAAGGUCGAAUUAUUUAAGGCAGAAUUUGACAAGCUAUCUAACGAUGUGAAAGAGCUGGGAAUAAAAGCUAAAAAAAGCCCAGAAGAGAGAGAAAGAUUGAAAACCCUAAGGGAGAAGCUGGCAUUGGCAAAAAGUAAUUUGAGGAAAGCACAUGAUGCUAUGAGGAAAACCCUAAAAAAACUUAGCGGAUGA